ACCUGCCUUGCAUCACACCAUACUUUCCCAGCAUUUCGCAUCGUGAUACGGAUAGCUCAUAACCUCCACCAACCGUGUGACUGCGAAUCAGAAAGAUCCGGUGAUAGUAAACAGCCUUGGAACCACUAUGGCUACAAAGUUGCGAGUUGCGACCGUGCAGGAGCACUUCUGCUCGCCCCUCUGGCAGCUCGCCGAGUCAGACUGGGGCCGCGCGAACAUCGAGCUUGUCUUCAACAACUCAGGAUCUGGGCAGAUGAUCUCAAACCUGUCCAAUGAUGGAGACGGAAGAAAGAUCGAUGCCGCUGUCGCGCUGACCGAGGCACUCAUCGCCGGCAUCGCUAAGGGCCGCAGGGAUUACAAGCUUGUUGGUUCUUACGUCCGCUCGUCCCUCAAUUGGGCAGUUAUCACCGGGACCGACCCAAAAGCCACCAAGUACCAAAACAUCGAUGAUCUCAAAGGCGAGACGAUCGGAAUCUCAAGAAUUGGGAGCGGGAGUCAAACGAUGGCGUACUACAUGGCGAUGCAGCAAGGCUGGGGGGCGGAUAUAAAGUUCAAGGUGAACGACACUUUUGAGAAUCUCAGAAAGGGCGUGAAUCAAGAGCCGGGCCUCGAAACAGCCGCCUUCAUGUGGGAGUGGGUGACCACGCUUCCAUACGUACACAGUGGCCAGGUACGCUACAUUGGCAAUGUUCCGACGCCGUGGCCCAGUUGGUCUAUUGCCGCCUCCACUUCGAUCCUCGUCCCAGGGUCCGAGGACCAACAGCUUCUCGACACGUUCCUCUCCAAGCUGCAAGAGAGCAUCGCGACUUUCCUCCACCCCGAUUCGAUCUCACAACAGAAACCCCAGCAAUUCGUACAGCAGCGCUUCGAAUACAAGCCCGAAGACGUGGAGACCUGGUUCAACAGCGUACGCUACGUGCGUGAUCCGAGGCCUGAUUCGAAAAAUGAUACAGCCGUAGCACUCGUGCCGACUGGGCAGCAAACUUGCACGGAAACUGUGUCAAGAGAGACAAUCACCACAACGCUCAGCAUACUCGCAAAGGCUGGCGCGAUUCAGACGCCUCAUGGAGGCUUUGAUCUCGCGGACUUUGCUCGCGAGCAGUCGCUUGUAGAUUAGCUGCAGUUUUCAAUGCAAAGAACCGCACAGCGAAGGUGCAAGCCUCCGGC